CGGGCUGUCACUGCGGGCCAGAGGCCCGGCUGCUCCCCCUGCAGGCGAGCGGGGCUGGGGCAGGCUCCGCCGGACAAGGCGCUGGUUGGGCCCGCAGCAGCAGCGGGAGGAGCCCGGGGCCGCCGCCCGAGCGCAGGCUCACUGAGGUGUCCGGGGACAGGCUCUGUGGGAGAGCCGGUCUCCUAAUCACAGCUCCGUGUCUUUCGUGUAGGCCAAUCACCGCCGCCAUGGCGCGGGUGCUGAUCGUGGGCGCCGGGCCGACCGGCAGCCUGUGCGCUGCGCUGCUGCGGAGAGAGCUGCCCCAGCGCCCGCUGCGCAUCGUGCUGUGGGACAAAGCCCGAGGAGCAGGAGGAAGAAUGACUACAAGCAGGAGCCCACAUAACCCUCGCUGUACAGCGGAUCUGGGAGCACAGUACAUAACGCUUAGACCCGCCUAUGCCCAAAAGCAUCAAAGCUUCUACGAGGACCUUUUGGCCCAUGGUGUGUUGAAGCCAUUGACUGCCCCUGUGGAAGGAAUGGUGAUGGAAGAAGGAUCUCACAAUUUUGUGACACCUCAGGGAAUCUCUUCAAUUGUCAAGCAUUAUUUAACAGAGUCAGCAGGUGCAGAUGUCUUCUAUGAACACCAUGUAACACAGAUCUACCUCAGAGGGGGGAAAUGGGAGGUCUGCAAGAAAACAGGAUCCCCAGAACAGUUUGAUAUAGUUGUUCUCACAAUACCUGUUCCACAGAUUCUUCAACUUCAAGGUGACAUUGUGAACAAAAUGAAAAAUGCCUUAUUAUCGGUGGAUGCCUUAUUAUUGGGGAGGUCUUAUUAUCGGGGGGAUGCCUUAUAUUACAACGAGAGGCAAAACUUAAUUAAGGAAAGUCAAAAGCAGCAACUGGAAUCUGUGAGCUACUCCUCUCGUUUCGCUCUGGGACUCUUUUAUGAAGCUGGCACAUGGAUUGAUGUUCCCUGGGCUGCACAGUACAUCACCAAUAAUCCCUGCAUACGCUUCAUCUCCAUCGAUAAUAAGAAGCGCAAUAUAGAGUCUUCUGAAUUUGGGCCAUCUGUUGUUGUGCACACCAGUGUACCAUUUGGAACUGCACAUCUAGAAUGGGAUAAGGAAAAGGUGCAGCCGAUAAUCCUGGAUCAUCUGGAAAAUAUUAUGCCAGGUCUGCCUAAACCAACUAGCAUCAAGUGCCAGAAGUGGAGAUACUCUCAGGUUACAAAAGCCAUCCCCAGUUGUCCAGGACAAAUGACUCUUCACAUCAAACCUCUCCUGGUGUGUGGGGGCGAUGGAUUUACUCAUUCCAACUUUGAUGGGUGCAUAGAUUCUGCCAUAUGUAUUGUCGAGGCUUUAAAGACUAAUUUAUAAAGCGGUCUACAUAUAGUUUUAGUUUUAUGGUGAAAUUUACGGCCUACAUUUUACAUUAGAAAAAAACAUCAAAAAUUGCUUAUAUCUGUUUGAAUGGAAAUAAAUGUUGAGGACCCCGGUACGUAUUUUGCUAUUCUACUAUAAAGGAAACUCUUCUGAUGGCCUGAUUCCACUAUCUUUUUGCCCAUUGAUUUCAUCUGGUAUUACAAGCUGAAAGGGUAAAAGAUGCUUUUGAAAUGUCAUAUGGGGCAACGCAGUACCUUUAAAAAGGCCCCUAGGUAUGUCUGAAAAUUUUACCCUAGGAAUACACACUAUUGUCAGCUCUUGAUCUUUGCCCAAAACUCUCAAUGAGACCAAUCGGCAUAGAUGCUGGAACUUGGGGUGCUGCAACAACUCCUGGCAUGACAUGGUUUCCAUUAUAAACAGGGUUUACAGUUUGGUUCAAUGGCUCUCAGCACCCCCGCUAUACAAAUUGUUCCAGCAUCUCUCUUAGUGGGAACCCAGCACACAGAACCAGUUUAACAAGUGGCUGUAACAGUUACAAGUACACUUUUCAGAUGUGGUUGCCAAAAGUUGGCCUGCUAAAUCCAUAGUUAGGUAUCUAAAUAAGUGUCCUUUUUCCCCCAGAGGUACUGAGUACCCAGCAGCCCCCAGUGAAGGCAGCAAGACUCCUGGGUGCUCAGUAUUUUUGAAAAAUCAGGCCAUUUAUUAAAAUUGAUUAUUAAAAUCUGAUUAUUAAAAUCAGUGCCUAAGCUGACUUGGGAGCCUAACUUUAGACACCCAUGUUUGAAAAUCUUGGCCUACAUCAAGAAGUUCUUCAGGAGCUAUAUAGUACAUAUUCAGAAUAAAAUCCUGUCCUUACUCUCUGAAGUCAUGGAGGUGACAGAGUAGAAUAAUAUCACCACCUAGUAUGUCCCCCAGAUUAACCAAUGUGAACCAGGCCCCCUCUCCCACAUCUCAGAGGGACCCUACUACCAUCAGGGGAGGGAGGGAACACACACACCCUACAACAACUACAAACCAUCCAGCACCAAGAAGGGGGUGGGGCAUUACAUGGGCAUGAUCCUGCCUGCAUGCUGUGGCAAGAGCCAACACUUUAGAUUGGGACCCAGGCCAGCCUGCAGGACAGGAGUUGCUGUGGGGUGAACAUGGAGGAGGCUCACUCUCCAACACCCCCAGGGGCAGGACCUGACAUUCCACGCCCCACUGGGGGAACACACACAGCUCCAGUUGCCAUACUGCAUAGGGCCCCAAAGUUCUUUCACCUAGCACUGCCCCCAACCAUCCAACAUACAUUUGAUAGGUCCUUCUGGUGCAGAGUGGAAUGGGUAAGGUUGAUCACUGGGGCUCUGGAGAACGUGGGGUGGGCCACAUCUUACUGCCCUUCUAAAAAGAAGCAGAAUGUACUCACUGCCUAGAGCCAGCUGCAUUACCCACUGGGCUAGUCAAGGGUCUGACUGUGUUUCCAAGACAAAAGAUCACGUCUGUGGGGCUAUAGUGUGCCAGCCAGGGUAGUUACUGCCUGCACGUCCCCAUCAUUGUUCCUGUCCCUGUCCCCCACGCUGUCUUACGUUGCAGUCCUACCAUGCAAGCAAACAGUGGCUCCCACUCCCCUCACUAUCACACUUGUGCAGCACAGGGUUGGGCCCAAAUGUAAUAGAAAAUCCAAUAUCCAGUGCAAGAUGACUGGUAACAUUAUUUACUUAAUUAGAUCAUAAUCUGUGCUCUGGGGUAAUCUGUUUUUUGUAUUUCUUAGGUGGUAUAUUUAUCUUUAUUACUAGUCAAGUAACGCUGGCUUUAAAUUCAGAACAUGUUACUGACAGCUUUCUGCAAGCUCAGAGAAGGAUUUAUUUCUUUGCUUCUAGAGAUGAAGUACCAAUAAAAUGUGCUGCCUAUCCUAAAAGUGGUGCAACCAGAAAUAAACAGCCUGUACCUGUGAAAGGAAGAAAGAAGAUAGUGCUAGAAAGAAUACAGGUGGACAUACAAAUGUAUAUAUCUCAUGUCAUUAGAUUUGUUAUCUCAUAGUAUUUUCUAAUAUGUACUUUUGCAUCUGGGCUGUAACACUAAGUUGUAACACUAAGUUAACGUCAGUGAAUUUAACUAACACACCCACCCCAUUACUGGACCAGAAAAUAGAUGCACUUAAAAUAGUUCAGUAUUUGCCAGAUUAGUGGUUCAGCGAAUAAUGCAUCAUGCCUCAGUUCUUUGACCCUUUGCUGCCUGAAGAGAAAUUGAUCCUUCGCCUCUUAAACAGAGUGCACUCUAGCGACUAUAGAAAAGGUACAGGAAAAUCAACUAUAGAAGAAUGUGCCAUUGCUUUAGUGGAUAACAAAUGCAAAGAAAAAGUGUAUAAAAGGACUUCACAUGAGCAUAAUUACAUAACUGUGUAAUAACAGGAAUAAAACUGGUGAUGGCUUUCCAGGUUCAGAGUUACAGUAGCUACACUAAAAACAUUAAAACUAGGGCUGUCAAGCGAUUAAAAAAAAUAGUGUGUGAUUAAUCACAUGAUUAAAAAAUUAAUCAUGCGAUUAAUCACACGUUUAAACAAUAAUAGAAUUCCAUUUAAUAUUUUUUGAUAUUUUCUACAUUUUCAAAUAUAUUGAUUUCAAUUACAACACAGAAUACAAAGUGUACAGUGCUCGCUUUAUAUUUAUUUUUGAUUACAAGUAUUUGAACUGUAAAAAAUCGAAAGAAAUUGUAUUUUUCAAUUCACCUAAUACUGUAGUGCAAUCUCUUUAUCAUGAAAGUUGAACUUACAAAUGUAGAAUUAUGUACAAAAAAACCUGCAUUCAAAAAUAAAACAAUGUAACAUUUUAGAGCAGAGGUGGGCAAACUACGGCCCACUAUUUUUCAUUUUUACAGUGAAAAUAUUUGUAAUAAAAAAUAAUAUACACUUUGAUUUAAAUUACAACACAGAAUACAAUAUAACUGGUGGACAAAAUAAGGAGAUGGGAGAUUCCACCCUUUUGGGGUCCUUAAAAACAAGGAAGAAAAAAAGAGAUAUGGGGGCGGGGGCAAAAAUAUGAAAGUACAGUUGGAGACUACUGGAGAAACUUUGCCGUCAUGGCUGCUAUCCCCACCAUCUCCUGGGACCCAGGAUCAGGAUAAUGAAAGCCUAAAAGGUGUCUUGACUAGACUGAGCCAGAGAAAUAGACCCAGAUGACAUCUCCACCUCUACCAGCUACAGCUGAAUCCCAACCACCAGCUGGGAUGAAAUAGGAUUGAGCUUUACAAAAGCAGCAGCAACUAACUUUUUCUCAUGAUAGUUUAUUACCAUCAAAGAGAUUGUCAAACCAGGGUGUUUUUCCUUCCAAAACUUUCUCCGGCUAAACGAAAAGAGAACAAGGGAUGCUGUUAAAAUGAAAGCCUUAUUCAAUGUUUUAUUUUCCAAAUAUUUUUCCUUCUUUUAUCAUUAAUAAAAGAUUAAAAUAAUGUA